GUGUUGAAUGCGUUUUUCGUUCGUGGUUGUCGGCGUUAUUUUUGAAUUUGUAUGAUGAUCGUUUCGCCAAGUUCGCCCCUUUAGAUUUUUGACACCGAAAUAGGAUUUUCUCUACACAUUACCAAUAUUACCUUCUCUCCUACACGCAUACACACGCACCGAGUUGAAUUGGACCGCUAACUUGAAGGCUCAUGAAACAGGUUAUUUAAUGCUAUAAUUUGAACUAGGUGGAGCCAAUACGUUGGGUUCCAUUAAAGGGAGAAAUUUUCCGCCCUCAGUAGUUAUUUUUUGUUGAUAAUUUUAUUGUUUACAUAUGCAUAAAUCAAAGGAGAGUGCAAGGGAGAUUUUUAUAUCAAGGAGUAGUAGAGGUGAAAGAUCCCCAAAUUCUCAGGACUCCCGGUUUGCUGAGAGAAGGACUAAAUUGAUCCACCCACCCGUUGAAAGUCAUUUUCAUCUCCCUCUGAAGGAAUACAAGCGCUCAUCACUGUCAAAUUUAAUCUUGAAGCGGAUGCUUACUUAUCCGAUUAAGCUCCAGCAUGCAUUGAAAAGAUUUGGAAAGAGCAAAAGCUUGAAACUAGUUCUUGAAGGAGCUCGUGAUCCAAAAGACAACGAUGUUGUUGAGUCUUUUCGCCAAUUGCUCUUUCUUGAAGGCCAGCUCCCAGGGAAGCACAAUGACUACCAUACCCUUUUGCGGUUUCUGCGAAUGAGGGACUAUGAUCUUGCUAGAUCAAAAGAUAUGUUUUUGAAGUAUCUCAAGUGGCGUGAGGAUUUUCGAGUUGAUGCAAUUCCUAAGGAAUUGAACUUCAAGGAAUAUGUGGAGGUCAAAAAAUACUAUCCUCAUGGGUUUCAUGGAGUGGAUCGAUAUGGUAGACCACUGUACAUUGAAAGGAUUGGGAUGGUAGAUCUUGAUGCCCUCCUGCAAGUAACUACCAUAGAGAGAUUUGUCAAGUAUCAUGUGUCUGAACAAGAGAAAACAUUGGACUGGAGAUACCCUGCAUGUUCAAUUGCAGCUAAGAGACAUAUAGCUUCCACCACAAGUAUUUUAGACGUGAAAGAUGUGGGAGUUUCUAAUUUCUCUAAACCUGCAAGAUAUCUCUUUAUGGAGAUUCAGAAGAUUGAUAGCAAUUACUACCCCGAGACUCUUCAUCGACUCUUUAUAGUGAAUGCUGGAUCUGGAUUCAGGUUUCUUUGGAAAGCACUCAAGACAUUCCUUGAUGCACGCACAUUGGCAAAGAUUCAAGUCCUGGGAUGCAACUACUGGAAUACUUUGGUUGAAGCUAUUGAUCCAAGUAACUUGCCAAUUUUCCUGGGUGGAAACUGCACCUGUUCUGACUACGGGGGUUGCCUGUUUAGCGACAAGGGACCCUGGAAUGAUCCAGAAAUUACAGAAAUACUUCAGGGAAUUUUCAAUAAUGAAGAGUGCUGCAUAGCAGAAAAUGGUGGCAUGGCUUUAGAAGAAGCCUUGGACGAUAUUCGAAUCAAAGAUCCAAGGAGUGAGGGACAAGAGGAUCAAGUGCAGCGUACCGAAGUAAAGUAUUUUGACAAGACUAUUCCGCUUAAGGUACAGGCAUUUGAAGCUGCACUUAUGGACACCAAAACUAAGAUCCAAGCAUUGGAAGCUGCACUCGAGGAGACCAAGGUGGUCUUGAGAGGACUUGCAGAGAGUAUAGAUGACCUAAACAAAUGGCAGUCCAGUGCAUAAAGCUUUGGCGUAUAUGGAGUGCAGGGAAGGGGUGGACCAUACUAAGGAAUUAAAAUUAUUGUCAAGCAGAACUCAGCUUAUUUUAGUAAAACUGAAGUUCCCUCUCCUUUUUUUUUUAUAAAUGGAUGUGGGAGUGUGUAAUAAAUUUUCAAAUAUGAUCAUUAUAUUUAUGCUUCACUGCCAAGAAGCCGUAUAAUAAGAAAAGCCAAUGUUACAAA